AUGAAACCGUGCAUGAAACUUGAUUUCAGGUCGUGGAUACAAAAAACAAUAUCAGAAGCAGAUACGGGCACGGACAAACAAGUAGAUAAGGUUGCUAUAUACGGCACCGAAGCAAAUGUAUGUGUGUUCCAUCUCGAUGGCCAGGUAUUUUUUGAUCUUUCGGACAUUCCGUUCAUUCUGUCAUGCUUCGGUAUAGGUAAUGAAUCAAAUAACGUGCAAGAAUAUCUCAGAAAGAACGGAUUUGUAACCAGAAUCAAACGAUUCGACUCUGCAUUGAGUCACAGUGGAUUCGAGUUGGUAGAGAGUAGUCUUCUUGACAAUGGCUUUGCAGAAAAACUCAGUUCUUACUGCACUCAAAAAAUGUUUCAAAAAGAAGAGACCAUCAGUAACCAAUACACUGCUCAUGAUCUUGGUUCUGAACCAAUGUUCUCAAGAGACUGCUAUGACUCAAAAAGUCCCGUUGACGACCAGGCAUUUUCAUCAGGUGUCAACAAGCUAUAUCCAUUCGACUAUCAAUGGACAGAUAGUGUCAUGGACAAUAUCAUAAAGAACAUAUACACAACUGAAGGCCACAAAAAUGUAGCCAAUGCGUUUGAAGAUGUGCAGCAGAAUCAGUCAUGCCGAAGUAGGCAGUCAAGAUCUGUAGGAUGCAUGAAGGAUCGGCCAUUUGUGUGCAGCUUCAACAACUGUAAGCGUGCGUUCAAGCGCUACGAGCAUUUGAAGAGGCAUAUUCUCAUGCACACUGGAGAAAGGCCUCACAAGUGUAGAUUUCCAGGAUGUUCAAAAUCAUUCUCCAGGUCUGACAAUCUCUCUCAGCACUACAAGAUCCAUAACAUCUCAAAUGAGAUGCAUACCAGGAGUUAUGAGCCUUAUAGAUAUUUGAAUAAAAAGCUUAACUAG